GCAACGGAAGUUAUUUGUAAUAGAAAGUUACGUUGAUUUGUGGUGAUGGCUUCCACGAAGAAGAACACGAAGAAACAAGAUGAAAAACAUCUGAAAAUUCUUCGGGAUCUUUGUUCUUUGCCACACAACAAAAAAUGUUUCGACUGUGGGCAACGGGGUCCAACCUAUGUAAACAUGACGAUAGGCUCGUUUGUCUGUACGUCGUGCAGUGGAAUAUUGCGUGGAUUGAAUCCUCAACACCGAGUCAAAUCUAUAUCAAUGACAAGCUUUACGCCAUCGGAAAUAGAGUUUUUACAAAAUGCUGGAAACGAGGUUUGUGGGAAAUCUUGGUUGGGACUAUGGAAUUCUUCCAAUCCACCAGAACCAGAAUCUAAGGAUGAAAUUAAAGUGAAAGAGUUUCUAAUGAAGAAAUAUGAUCGAAAAAAAUGGUACAUUCCUCCUUCCCAAUUGCAAGCAGCAAGCCCUAAGAAAGAAGCAUUGCAGUCGUCAUCAGAGCGAAAACCUUUAAAACAUCUUCUAGGUGAAAACGCACCAACCCUUGUUGUUGGAAAAAAAGUUCCAGCUCCCUCAAAAACAGCGCCAACUGUUACACUGCCUGCACCACAACCUGUGCCUCAUCGUACCGCAAAUGCUACACCAAAAGCACCAGUGAAUGAUUUGCUUGGUAAUCUUGAGGCAGAUGCGUUCGGUCAGCCUGCAGCUUCUUCUGGUUUUAAUGCAUUUGGUAGUCAACCUGUUGCACCUGCAUCUAGUGCUAGUUUUGAUCCAUUUGCCAGCUCUCAGCCCCAACAAGUGCAAGAACAGCAGCCUGUGCAGCUUCAACAACCACAACAGUUUGGAACAUUUGAUGCAUUUGGUAAUACAGCACCAUCUUCAAAUUUUGAUGCUUUUGUCGGUGUUUCAUCAAUUCAGCAACAACAACAGCAACCGAGCCAACCCCAAGGAUUCAAUGCCUUUGGCUCUCAGCCUCAACAAUCUGCACAAUCUCAACCUAAGAAUACAGGAUUUGAUCCCUUUGGGACAACACAAUCAAAUUCCCAGACAUCUACUGGAUUUGAUGCAUUUGGCUCAACAACACAACAAGCCGAACAAAAACCAAAUGUGUUUGCAGCUUUUGGAAGUUCAGCACAAACUGCAUCUUCAUUUGAUGCCUUUGGUAAUUUUACUACACCAUCAGCUUCUCAACCCACGAAGACUACAUCAACUGUUGGAAACUUUGGUCCCGUGGUAUCUUCUUCUGCAACAGGAAUGUCUUCGUCAGCUGCAGACAAAUACGCCGCUCUUAGUGACUUAGACUCGAUUUUUAAAGAGCAAACAACUACGCCAAUUAGUGGGGCUCAACAGGGAUCGUUGUAUGGCAAUACCAGUAAUUCAAGUACGUCACUUGGUACCCCUGGCAAUUCUACUGGUGCCUCCGUUAUGUCGGCUGGUCCCAAUCCAUUUGCCAGUGUUGGCAGCACAGCACCAUCCUUCUCCCAGUCCAAUCCAUUUCAAAUAUCUGCUGGUGUUGCGGUGCAGUCGAAUGGAUUUUCUUCAAACAGUGGAUUUUCUACAGCACCAUCUUCUGUUGCACACUCGAUGAGUUUUUCCAGCGCCGGCAUGACUGCAAUGGCUGCAAAUCAGUUUAACAAAAUGAGUGGUGAUGCACGCCAUCCACCUGGAGCGUUUAGUUAUACCGGAGGUACGACGGGGCAGUCUGGUGUUGGACAAUUUUCUGGCAAUCCUCAAAAAGGAAAUUCACUGAGUGGAUCUCACUUUGGUGCUUCUCAGUUUGGUGGUGCGUCUCAACCAGCUGGAAAUCAAUUUGCUGGUGUCACACCAGCCAUGGGAGGCCAACUUGGCACUGGUCAAUUUGCUGCGACAAAUUAUCAACAGCCACAGCAACAAGGUUUUCCUUAUGGGACCAAUCAGUUUGGUCAACAACACCAACCCAAUCAGUUUGGUCAACCACACCAACCUAAUCAGUUUGGUCAACAACACCAACCCAAUCAGUUUGGUCAACAACACCAACCCAAUCAGUUUGGUCAACAACACCAACCUAAUCAGUUUGGUCAACCACACCAACCCAAUCAGUUUGGUCAACAACACCAACCUAAUCAGUUUGGUCAACCACACCAACCUAAUCAGUUUGGUCAACAGCACCAACAAAAUCAGUUUGGUCAACAACACCAACCCAAUCAGUUUGGUCAACACCAGCAACUAAAUCAGUUUGAUGGUGGUUGGCAACAGAAAUCUCAGUCGAAUCCAUUUGCGAAUUCCGCGCCUCACGGUGGUGGCUAUCCCAUUCAACAAAGACAAUCUACUAAUCCAUUCAUGUAAAUUUUACUUUAUUUUCACGUAAAUGUUAAGUAUGAUUAUUCAAAUAAUAGAAGAUGUAAAGUUUUUAUUAAUGAAACUAAUCCUGAAACAGAUGGAAAAUCCGCUGCUAGUUAUCGGAAAGUAUUUCAAAUGUAAUGUCAUUUUUUUCCAUUUUGAAAUCUAAGAAAAAAGGCACUUGACUUAUAGUCAUAGGUUCGGUCUCUCCGGGAUUAUUUUCGUCUGUUUCCGGAUGUGGAAAAUAGCAAAAAUAGUGUUUCAUAAUAUGAUGUUCAGAGAUCGCUGUUAAAUGCUAAUUUUUUGAUAAUUAUAAAAUAGCAUUUGACGCAUCUGGUUUGAACGCUUGCAUUGAACGAUCAUUGAUUUUUGACUACAGCGUUCUGCUUUGUACCAUACCAUACAGCAAACUCGCUGAAUUGUUAAAAUUUUUGGGAACUGCGAAUUCUUGAACUUGAAGUGUAAACUUAACUUGAACUCAUCUUUAUAUAAACAAUUCUCCACAUUCGAAUUAUUAAGUUUCAGUACUAAGAUAACAUGAUUCAAUGCAAGUCAAUUUUUCUAACAUAUAAUCAGUGGCUCUGUUGGAUUAAAAAAAAAUGUUAGUAUUGGCUUAUGUAUGUAUGCAGCUUAUCCAAGUUGAACAAUGUUAAACUCGUAAUCCUUA